AUGCUCUUCCUCAUCGGCUCUGUCCUUCUCUCUCUCGUCGCCGCCGCCACCCCCGCGCCCUACUGCAACGUGACGGCCAGCGUUGAGGACAACACUCUUCUCCGCGUCCACUCCUGCAACUAUCAAUGGAUUGUUUCCGCCGGCAACCAGCCCAACUGCCCCGAGACCCAGGUCGGCGACAACUUCGUUUACAAGUGCAUCAUUCUCGACUCUGAGGAACUUGGCAACUCGUGCGACGAGACAUACUUUGUCGCCGCUGCUCGCCGUGAGCUCUCCUGUCCCGUCACGGCCGAUCGCGCCGAAUUCGACUACUGCGACCCCAUCCCCGAGUUUGGUCUUCAAGUUUACAGCUGCCCCUGGGAGCCCUACACUGAGUAG